AUGUCUGCGGGAACACCGCAGCAGCCGGGGCCGCCGGUAUCCAGGGCAGAAGCGCCCAAGCGAAUUCCCAAAGGCGUAGUGCUCGGCAAGGAUGGCAAACCAUGCCGGUCUUGCACGUCGUUUGCAUCAUGGGCCAACCAAACGAAGACGUCCCUAAAUACACCAUCGUCAUCCGGUUCAGCGGGAACAGCCGCGGCGGCAGCCAUGGCGGCAUCAACAGCGAUUACAGCGGCAGCCGCGGGCCCGCCGGUCGACUGCCCAGCCGAUGUCGAGACACUCGGACGUGGCACGUGGACACUGCUGCACACAAUCGCAGCACAGUAUCCCACACAGCCCAGCCCCAGCCAGCAAGCCGACGUCAAGGGCUUCAUAGGUACAUUAUCGCGGCUGUACCCAUGCUGGGUGUGCGCCGAGGACUUUCAAAUAUUCCUAUCCAAGUCGCCCGUGCGCACAGCAUCGCGCGAUGACUUUGGCCGCUGGCUUUGCGCGGCGCACAACGAAGUCAACGACAAGCUGGGGAAGCCGCAGUUCGACUGCAACCUCUGGGAGGAACGGUGGCGGACGGGGUGGAAAGACGGGCGCUGCGAUUGA